AUUGCCAAAAUCUAGGCCGCAGUCCCGUCCGUAUUGCAUACAUGCCUGCAAGUGUGCGGUAGUGCGUAUUGGUAGUGAAUUGUGGGUUCUUUGCCAACUAGUGUUUAUAUAGUGUCCGAGUCAUGUGGUUCAUUUAUUUUGACCGAUGCAUACUAACUGAACGUAAUUGAAACUUGUACACCGGCAAGUAAAAUAAUGAUGAUUAUAGAUAGAGAAGCAAGGUUAUGUAGGUGAUGGUGCAGCUGUGUGGAGCGUGGCCGUGAGAGGGAACGGGGGCGCUGUAUGGGGUGUCUCGGUUGAGCGGUAGCAGGAGCGGAUGGGAUGAACUCAGAGGAAGACGUUUGCGAUGCCGGCCCUGAAGCGCUGGUGUACUCGCUGCAGAUGGAAUGGUUGGGACUGGACGGACGCACUUACGUGAACAACUCCGUGAGAAUAGAAUGGACCGAGGGGGACAGUCGCGCCGUGUGCGAGAUGCCGAAGAAGCUGUCCGACGGUGAAUUCUCGUCACAGGAAAUGGACAUCUCCGGGCACUGCAGUCGGUGUUUGGUGCAGGUGUUCGCGUUUGCAGCCCUCAUCCUGUUGUUGCUCAAGGGUCUGGGAGUUCAGACAGCUCGCCCCGUCACGUUCCCUGUUCCAGGCCUAUCCGUCCAGACUUGCCACGAAGUGCCCAAGAGGACCAGUGCCUCUGAGCUCUUGUCAGUUUCCAGGAGAAGUCUGUCGGCCGCGGCUGUCCUACAGAGCUGCUUCACCAGACCGUUUCUUAAAACGAGAUCUGAGCCAAGAGACUUCCAGACGAACGACCCGGUUGAAGCACAAGAGGAGGAGCUGCUCAACUCGGAGGACGAUGAGGAGCAGGAGGACCCCCGGGAGUACUGCCGUGGUGGAUAUCACCCAGUCAACGUCGGAGACUUAUUCCACUGCCGUUAUGAGGUGGUCCGCAAGUUGGGCUGGGGCCAUUUUUCUACAGUUUGGCUUUGUUGGGACCUCCUACAAAAAGAAUUCGUAGCACUUAAGGUAGUGAAGAGCGCACCGCACUACACGGAGACUGCCCUUGACGAAAUUAAACUGCUCAAACGAGUACGAGAGGCUGAUAUGAAUGACCCGAACAGAAAACGAGUAGUGAGACUUUUGAACGACUUCAAGAUGACGGGUCAAAAUGGAACACACGUGUGUAUGGUAUUUGAGGUACUUGGACACAACUUACUGAAACUGAUUAUCCGCAGUAACUACCAGGGUAUUCCUCUCGAAAACGUCAAGAUUAUUGUAAAGCAGGUGUUGGAGGGUCUGCUAUAUUUACAUACUAAAUGCGACAUCAUCCAUACGGAUAUCAAACCUGAAAAUAUUCUGUUAUGUGUGGAUGACAGCUAUGUUUACAGGAUAGCCUGGGAAGCAGCCAAUUGUUGGAAAAGGUUUGGUCGUCUGCAGGGUAUAAUGCCUUCAGAGCUGAAAAAUUACAAGAAUUUUACAGAAAUGGAAGUAGGAAGUUGUGGAACGGAAAGUGAUGAGAACAGUGCUGUGAACCAUACCGCUGCAGCCAGCAAUGGUAACAGUACUAGCAAUGGGAAUGGGAAUGGCAACAGUAACAGCAGUGGAAAUAGUGAACUGGGAGCAGAGGCUGCAGCUGCCAUCUCCUCCAGUGCAUCCUCCACUUACUCUACAGAGGCCUCCUCUAUAACCUCUGAUACCAAGGGAAAGUUUCGCAGAGUACAGUCAUGUCCUGAUCAUCAAGAACUUCGAAAUGAGAAUCAAGACCCUGUGCAUCAAGUUUGCAAUAUCAGUGUGAAAAUAGCAGACCUUGGCAAUGCUUGUUGGGUGAGUCAUCACUUUACGGAGGACAUUCAAACUCGGCAAUACCGGAGCUUGGAGGUGCUUCUAGGCAGUGGCUAUGGCCCUCCAGCUGAUAUCUGGAGCACUGCCUGCAUGGCAUUUGAGUUAGCAACUGGGGAUUUCCUGUUUGAGCCACAUUCAGGCAAUGGCUAUAAUCGGGACGAGGACCAUUUAGCCCAUAUCGUGGAGCUGUUGGGCCCUAUUCCUACCCACAUAAUCAAACAGGGCAAAAACUCCAAAGACUAUUUUACACCUGCUGGUGAGCUUAAAAACAUAUCAAAACUAAAGCCAUGGAGCAUGAGCGAGGUAUUGAUAGAGAAAUAUGAGUGGCCAGCGAGUACCGCCCGUGCAUUCUCAGAGUUCCUGACCCCGAUGCUGGAGUUCGACCCGGACAGAAGAUGGAGCGCAGCGCAGUGUCUUGCGCAUCCGUGGCUCCAGUCAUGAUGUCCGCUCCGCCUCUCUAGGCUCUCGCUCUCUGUACAAUUACAUUUAUACCUGGAACUAAAUAAAACAACAGCAUUUAUUGUGUCGUGUCUAAGCUGUCUACAAUUACUGGUAUAAAAUCACGUUUUUUGUUAAACAAAAUUUAUUGCUUUAUUGAAUAAGAAGGAAUUAUAAAAAUUAUUUUGUUACCUCCAACAAAACGUUAAAAGUUAAAAUGGACAAACUACCCAAAAUUAUAACUUAUUUGACAAAAUUGAGGAAUUGUAGCUUAUAUGGCUCCCUGCAUUAUACUUGCUAAGGAUUUUCAUACUUUUACAUAUACCAAAUAGUGUUAAAUGUGACACAGUGACUAUAUGAUUUCCAGUAUAUGCAUGGCAAAUUCUGGAGAGUUGCAUUAAAUAUUAAUCCGUUUUAGAAUAAGACCGUUCUAUAAAUAAUAGAGUUUUAUAAAGAAGAUAUACUUGGCAAAACUAUCCACAAGUAAUAUAUUGCAGAUGCAGUGACACUAUUAAGACAAUCAGUCAAGUUUAAUUUCAAUUAUGUGAUUAUUUAUCAACAGUUGUAAUUAUUACAACUUUGAGCUUACAUUAUUGCCUUUUAAAUCCAUAAGAAAACUAGAUAAGUAAUAUUUACUUAUUCUAGAAAUAAAACUAUGUCAAUAAUUAAAUAAGUUCAUAACAAAUGUGCUACUUCUGAUUCAUAUAAAUUAUGAAAUACCUCCAACAAAUAGAAGCCAUACUCUAUUAGGCUUUUCAUUAUUUUCAAGAGGUUACUAGGAGUCAUAUCAUCAUUGUUAUCUUUUAAUAUUUUAAAAUGAAAACAAAGCUCCAAUGUUGUCAUACUUUUCAAAAAUCCAUGUGCAAACAACUCAUUCAAUGUUGUUGUGUUCUUGUGAUAAUCAAAAGUAACUGGGCAUCCAAAAAGUAAGUUUCCGUGAAUUGUAAAAACUGAUGUGAACAAAUUUUAGAAUGAUAUUUUUACAUCUUUUAUAAUGUCCUUAUUUUUACUUAGUUUUUAUCUCAAUCAAAAAAUGUUGUCGAUACCAUCUUGUGCACUGAUUACGAAAUGAUUCCGUAACUAUCCACUGUGCAUUGCAAUUCAUCAUCACUCAUAAAGUGUUAUCAGCCAAGAUGACAUUUGACCGAUGGGAAAAGGUGGAAAUCAGUUGGAACCAGGAACAGUGUUGCAGACUCUAUGCAUUGCUUUUUAUUUUUGGUAACCACUUUGGACAAAUUUUUGACAAAUCAAGACCUUCAUAGCAAAGAAUAUAAUCGAACCUGAUUCCUUAAUUAUAUUCUUACUUGGCUUUAGGGAUAUUAUGAAGUAAAGUAAGGCUGAUUUCAGUAUUAUCUAGCUGUUCAGCAAGGAUGUCAUCUAUUGUCAGCUGUUUAUAUGUACUUGUGUUCUGAACAGCACUGACAAUGUCCUCAUAAUAAGAGAUCAUUGCUAUACCACUACACUCACCAUUAUGAAAAUCAAUGAACUAUUUGAAUUGGCAUUAUUCUAUUGUCAUAAAACUACAUUUACUACAUAAUUAUUUACCAUGGUUUUAUUUUUUAAAUAAAAAUAUGAAGAACUCUGUAAAUUUCACUACUGAUGGCAACAUGAGAAGUCCCCAUUGUUACUGUUAUAUAGGAUGAAUCCGCCAGUUCAAGGCCACACUCUGAUACCAACACUCUUAAUAAAAUACUCAGAGCUUGGGGUGUAAGAAUCAGGAAAACUUACUUUUUGGAUAACCCUCUUAUUAUAUCGCAUGAUCAAUUGGAAGUACAAACAUUCUUCAAGUUCACUAUGUAGUCCUAAAAAUCAUGUUUAUUUGUGCAAUGUUGGUGUAAAAUUCACAGCUAUCAAGAGGCACAAAUUGCUUUAACGUAAUUUUAGUUCUAGGUACAUUCACAUUUUCUUGAGAAAUGUUGUUGACUUAUUCAAGUUGUACUGAAUGUCAUGUCCUAGAGAUGUGGUUAAUUAGAUCCAUCUCAAUAAAUUGAAAAGAAGUUGCAUUCAAUUUGUGUUAGAUGUUCACAAGUACAGUAGACACUUAUGUGUAAUAUGUUAUAAGUUGUUUGUAUUUCCUGAAUGUACAAACAAUAUAAUGAUAAAGUACUUACAUACCAGUGGAACCUUUGAAGAAAGCACGAUAAAUUUCAUUAGAUAGUUGAUUGUAGUACGUAUCAAUUAAUCAAAUUAAUUAACCAUAUUAAUAUUGAGUGAGACAGUAAUAACAGUAAUAAUUCAAAGUCAUUGAUUCCUGUACUUGGUAGACUAGUAUUUCUUCUUAUCCUCUAAAACAAAAUAAAUAACACUUCCAUAUAAAUGAACUAAAAAUAUAAAAAUACAAUAACUUUUAAUUUAUAUUGUUUUAAUAAGAAUAACUUAGGUUGGCUUCAGGUUCAUAGCGGUCUUUUUUAUAAAAGGAGCUCACCUUAAAUAAAUAUUACAUUGCAGAAGCUUGUCAUUGAUAUAGUAUAAUGAGAUCCAUAAAAAUAAAAUCAUACUUCUAAGCUUCCACUUGGUAUUAUAACAGUAAGUGCUUUUGUAUGUUCCAACACUGUUUUUAGACUAUCAAGCUUUCUAUACAAAAUAAAAAUACCAAUAUUGUAUAGUUAACUAUAAAAACCAAUAAAAGACUUUCACUAUGAAAAGGA